CCCCUGGCCUGGUCUGCCCCCAGCCCACCGUGUGAGGGAGUCCAGAAGCCAGAGGUCACCACAGGGUCUCUGCCAGCCUGGCCAUGAACCUGGAGCUGCCUAAGGCCGAGGUCCGGUCGGCCACCAGGGUGACCGGGGGGCCCGUCACUCCCAGGAAAGGGCCCCCCAAAUUUAAGCAGCGACAAACCAGGCAGUUCAAGAGCAAGCCCCCUAAGAAAGGCGUCCAAGGGUUUGGGGACGACAUCCCUGGAAUGGAAGGCCUGGGAACAGACAUCACGGUCAUCUGCCCAUGGGAGGCCUUCAACCACCUGGAGCUGCACGAGCUGGCCCAGUACGGAAUCAUCUAGCACCCAGGGUCCCGGGACCCUGCAUCCUGCUGCCCGCUCUGACUCCUGCUCAGGAUUCCUGUGAAGGAGGCCCACCCCCCAGUCCAACGUGUCCAGAUUGCCCAGACUGUAUCUGGAGACUUGUGCAGGGCGGCUACCUCAGGCCGUUGGACGCCAGUUCCCAGGAGCCCACCAUCUCCCCGAAGGACGCCCUCUUGGAGCCGGCCAGGCCCUGCUUAAUUUCCAGAGACUGUGGCCCAUGCUUCUCAGGCCUGCCCUCAGAGAGGGGGAACUGGACCCCAGACCCUCUCCUCUGGGGGCUGGAAAGCCAGGGAGGGCCUCCCAGGAGUGUCCCCCACACCCUA